CAUUUGUUGUUUGGUUACUUCCGGGACUUUAUCACCGUCAGAAUCGAAAUAUCGAUUGUUCGCAGUUAGCUACCUUCCACAACAAACUUUGCAACUUGUGAGGCGAAUGCAUUGCAACACGGAUGAGACCAUUCAUAAAAAAUUAUUGGACUUCAGUCCAUAUUUUCGACAUGGUUGAUCAAAUAUUAAGUUAAAAUUUCUCAACUGGGGCUAAAGCAACAUUUCUAAUAUUUAUUUAAAUAACGUUAGGCAUUAACGCAUAAAAACAUGGCUGAAAAACGAAGAUCUACAGCAAGUUCACCCAUGACAAGUAGUACAUCUAUUAAAACUGAAGAUUCACAGACUUAUGACUUGCUUCAGCAUGUUUUCUCCGAGAUGACUUUAUCAGAAGAAGCGAGUGCUAAGCCAAGAAAAAGCCUGGAACUUGAAAACUUGCAAACAAAUAUGGAUGAAAUGAUAACUGAUGUUGUGGAAAAAUCCUCUUUAUCAUCAAAGAAGAAAAAUAUACUGACCCCUAUAGAUGGUAGAAUUGGGCCAUCAGAAGUUGUAUUUGAUCAGAAGUCAAUUGUGGGCAUGAUGGGUCUACGCUUGGAAUCUGAUCAACUUGCUGUUACAAGUCACAGUAACUUUAGCACAGUGAGGGCAAACUGCUGUGUAUAUAGAGGGAAAUGGAUGUACGAGGUCAUGCUGUGGUCUAAGGGAGUGAUGCAGCUGGGAUGGUGUACGAUCAAAUGUAAAUUCUCAUAUGAGGAGGGCGUGGGAGACACACAGGAUUCAUACUCAUAUGACGGGAGUAGGCUCAGGAAAUGGAACAUCAGGACUCAGAAAUAUGGAGAGGCAUGGUUGGCUGGAGAUGUUAUCACAUGUGCGCUGGACUGUGACAAUAGAACCAUGACAUUUUACAGGAAUGGAAAGUCAAUGGGAGAGGCUUUUACAAAUAUAAAGACAGGAAGUGGAUAUGCCUAUUUUCCAGCAGUCAGCCUGUCCAGAAACGAACACCUAAGAGCUAACUUUGGAGCCACACCCCUUCGCUAUCCGAUCGAGGGUUACGAGCCACUACAAGCUGUGCCCCAGGAGGAUGUUGUCAAAGCUCAGCUCCUAAUUGGCUGGCAAGAGAAACUCAUUUAUACCUUAGUGGAAGAGGAUAAGCAUUUGAUAGAUGUCUGUGGAAUUGUACAAGAUGGAUCCAACAUCCCCCCUCUACCCCUCGGAGAAAACAGAAGCAAGAAAUCUACAGCCCUUCUUAUAUCAGCCCACAUCUUUGAGAAACUGGCACCAUUGUUGAAAGGCCCAUACGUGGUGGAAUGUUGUCUACUGCCUCUGAUGUUGAAGUUUAGUGCCACGACUUCAGAUAGGACGAGAAUGAACCCUCAAAUCAUCAAACUACUAGAUCUCAUGUGGUCUCUGAUGCAGGACCAUGAGAUAAAGCCCUGUAUAGACAAUAUGAUGACCUCCUUACUGUACAACUUUUACAAGACAUCUCCUUGUACCUCAGAUUUCUCAUCACAGAAAACCUACCUAGAUUUGACGUUGAGGGUUUUGCAGCACUCACAAACCAGAAGAUAUCUUCUUCUCAAUGUCACAUUUGAGAGGAUCAAGUUCCCGGUGUUAAUGCAUGUGAAGCCCCCAGAUGAUGCAGGACUAGAGGAACUGGUCCCCACUGUCUGGUGGGCCACCCUAGAAAAUGAUGAAGAAAACCCCCUACCUCCCUCCAACGACACAGAGAGAGACCUCCAGCGUCGAUAUAACCAAUAUUGUCAAGAUCUCAGGACAAAAGUAGAAGAAUUGGAAGAUGUUCAGAUAGAUAUUCUUAAGGUGCUACUCACUCAUUCAGACCCAGUGGAUAAAAAGACGUCUCGGAUGAUCUUUGUGGAGAAACUGAGAACUUACCUGAAAAGUAACAAUAGACUUGGAAAGCUUCAACAAGUGACCACGUGUCCUCUGAGUUUCUUCCAUCGUCUCGUCCAAGCCCUCCGCUUCUACUGGGAUGACUUCCAGAAAGAGGAUCCGUCCAGAUUUGUUUUAAGCCAAGAUGCCUUUAUGCCUGUCCAUGAGUUUUGGUUAGAUUCCAGAGAACUGAGUGAUUUACAGAGAUGUGGGGGACUGGUGUCACAUCUCAACAGGGUUCUGGGAGGUGAAGUGAACAAAUGCCAGGGUUUACAGAUUGACAAAGAUGGAAAACCUGUCAGAAGUACUGAUGUCAGUACAGAUUACCCCCCUUUGGAGAUGCCCAGUGGGAACUCUCUGAUGGACCUGCUGGAUGUCAUUGUCUUAUUGUAUCACCUGUCCUCUCAUGCUCAGAUCUCCAAGAUGUGUUCUCUCAGGGAUAAUCUUAAGGAGUUUGUGACCUCUUUACGGGAUACAGAGAUGAAGAUUGACCUUUGUCCAGUGGACAGAACGGACAUGAAGGUGGAGCUAGAGCGGGCAUUAAACGUGUUCCAGGAGAAGUACGAGGAGCUGGCCAGACAGAUGGCCUGGCUCAUCUCAGUAGUGUAUUCUCCUAGAAAACAGCAGGAUGUAGCCUGGUUGUUAGGUGUAACGUUGAGAACGUUGGAGAAGGCUUCCAAUUAUGGACAACUCUUCCAAUAUACCCCCGAGUUUUAUGUUGAGUCUGUGACCAGAGCCAACUAUGCCCUACAUAGCUACUUCCAUCCUAUUGUAAACAUCGAGAACCUAAAGGGUUAUGACAAAUUGAGGGAAAAGUUUGCCAUGUUUUUGGUUCAGCAUUUUGCUGAUGCCAGGAUUGUCAAUACAGACUUAAGAGACAACAUUGUACAAGCUUUAGCCUGUUUCAUCUGUUACCCAAAGUCCCUGAAAGCUUUAGAAAGUCUUCCACAGGAGUUUAAAGAAAACAUGAUGAAGUCUUUGAUUGCCCCCUAUGAGAGUCGGUCUUGGGCCCAAACAAACUGGAUUCUUGUCCGGAUUUGGAAGGGUUGUGGAUUCGGAUUUCGUUAUACACAUCUCUCUCAUCUUGUUCCGUCCAAAAUCCAGCCAACUGAGUUUGGCUCAGCAAGUCUUCAAAAACCUUGUCCUUCUAUGGUGCUACAACAAAUCUUCAAAGAGAUAUUACUUACUGAUUCAGAAAUGGCCACUCGGUUCUUAGAUACAUUGAUCAAUCAGUUGAACUGGUCUUUUUCUGAAUUUAUUGGACUAAUGCAAGAGAUUCAGCAGCGGGUUUCGAGGACUGAGUUGCGUAUUUUGGAGGCUCGUAAUCUGAAGAUCUGUGCCACGUGCUUUGAGAUUGCUGUCUGCCUGAUGAGGGUCCUGGAAAUGGUGGUCUGUGUCACCCCAGAGACCGUGUUAGAUUUCUCCAGAGACUCUGCUGAGCUUCUUUUAGGAAGACUAGUACAGCUUCUUUGUCAUGUGUUGAACCGAGUGACGAGUAAGAGUGGGGUAUUUUGUACCGUGAUUAGUCACUCUAUCCAGGGUUUGGAGGGAGUGUCACACUACCCCAUACUGGCUGUAACAGUGGGUGUCCUCAAUCAGCUUGUGAUGAAAUCUAGUGAUAAAAGUCAGAAGAAGGUGAUAUCCUGUUUGCUCUCUGAUCCUGCCUUCCAGAUCUCCACCCUGGAGUUUACCCUGGGGGUCCCCCUCCCUCAAGCUUCCUCCAGCACUGUGCCAAAAGGGAAAAAAGACAAGGAAAAGAUCUUCAAUUUUGAAACAUGUGAAGAAAUGAGUGAAAGUGAAACCAAAGCUGUGAGAGAUUUAAUCACCUUCAUCAAAAAGAAACAGGAGAGCUUUGAGGAAUCAUGCGAGAAUAUUAAAGAGGAAGAUCUGUGUACAAUAUGCUAUGCCAACUCCAUCUCCGCAGUGUUUAAACCAUGUGGACACAAGUCGUGCAGAACAUGCAUCAGUCAUCAGAUGAUGGGAAAGAAGGAAUGCUUUUUCUGCAAAAUAAUCAUAACUGCUGUGGAUGACCUUCAGGGUCACCAGAUUCUGACCAAUCAAACUGCAGGGACUGAAACAUAAGUCUGGAGCCAUAUUUGGCUGAUGUGGAAAAGGGAGGUUACUCUGCUGUGUUCUACAAAAGCUACUGCCACUUCUCAUUGUGUGUUUUUUUUUACAUAUUUAUUAUUUGUUAAAGUUGCAUGUGUUUUAGACUUCAACUUAUUCAUGUUGUCUUUAUUUUUUCAAUUAAUAAAUAUCUUUUAACUAAAAAACAACAAAUAUUACAGAAACGGAUUAUAUUUUUGACUCUGUACAGUAUAUGCACACAGAACUAAUUUUUAUCAUUCAGAAAUUUUGUAAGAGAUUAAAAGCAAAGAAAAUAUUAUAUGUGUGAAUCCUAUGUUAUAAACUUAAUGAAUAAACAUGUAUUUAAAAAAAAUGAAAUGUUUUAUUUAAAUAUCCAUGUCAGUUACAGAAAUUACAUGUUGUAUUGAGACACUCACUUAGUGCCUGUUUAUAAGUAAACUUAAUGCUGUGAUAUAUUUUAAAACCUGGUGCAUAUGACAUUUGGCCAAUUGUUAUUUUUAUGCUAGUUAUUUGUUAUGUAGUAUUUAUAAAUUUAGUAUGUUAAAAAUUUUGAUUUUUAAAGGAUUUAGUAAUAUGUUGAGUAUAAAAAGUCCCAUGUUUUUAUGUAUUCAUACAGUGUAGUUUGAAAAUGUAAUAAGAAAAUUUACUAAAACACAUUAACUGAUAUGAUAGAAAAUGGAUUGUCUUUAUGGGCAAGCAAUGAAUGUUUGGCUGUACCUAUAUUUUCUCCCAGCCCAAAUAGGAGUAUAAUUUUAAUUUCAUAUAAUUAAACAACUUUUUUUUUGUCUGGGUCAAGGUUAAAAAUGUGAGAUUUAGUAAAUUUAGCAAUGGGAUAAGUUAAGGGCUAUUGCAAUAUGCAUGAAAAAUGUACAUUUCCUUCAUAUUUCACAUUUCAUUCUGCUUGUCUGCUCAGUACGUACCGUGCAUUAAUUAAUUUACAUGUAUGCCUGAUGUAUAAAUAUAAGCUUGAAUUACCGUUAUUGUAUGCCCAUGCAUUAUGUUUAACAUUAAUGCAGCUAUUUAUUCAAUGAUUAUCUCGUGUUGUCCAGUUCCUCAGGAACAUUGUAUUACAACGAAUUUCAUUUAUUGAAAUAAAUACUGGUACACUGUACACCUCAUGUAAAGAUUCCCCAGUAUGGAAUUCUUUUGGUAUCAUGUUUGAUCUGUUUAAAUUUCUGUUGAUUAUGCACAUGCAAAGAACAGCCAUGUGUUUUAUGGAAGUCCCCAUGUCUGUCUGUCUGUGAUUUCCUUCUAACAUAUAUUACUCAAAACAAUGCGAUGGAAAAAACAAUUACAAACUCAAUCAAAAAAAAUUUGCAUACCAGUAAUUAAUCAAAGUUUCAUUUUGAGCAAAUUUUAAAAGGCUCAUUAGUAAAAGGUCAAAAGUCUAAGAAGAAUCAGUGCUCUAUAAAUCUAGUCUGUUACUUUGACAUCAGAUGUAAGCACUGAAAACGUUUACUAGUGUCAACAAUGGUACAUGUAUCUAAUGCAGAUGGGAAAUUUUUGAUACGUGGAAUGAAAAGUUGUCUGCAAGAUUUGGGCAUGUUGCAAUCCUUAACCAAAGUCAUUUGGAAAUUUAUUGAUAACUUGAAUUUAUAAUUUUUGACAAGGCUAACAUCGUAAUAAUUGUUUAAGUUGAUAUUGAACAAAAAGUUGCAAAGGUCAUAUAGAGAGAAAAGAAAUUCAUUCUUUUUUUUCUUUUUUUAAGCAAUGCAUGUAUGUGAAACCCAUGGGUGUAUUAGUUCUUACAAGAAUUUUACUCAGCUUUGAUGGGGGAUUAUUCAUGUUAUUUGCAUUUUUGCAAAUGUAUUUAAUUGAAUUUACAUUUAUAAUUAACUCAGAGGAAUGUUUAAAAGUGUUAUAAUUAAAAAGCUUUAUGUGCAAAAUA